AUGGCGAAGUUGGAACUGGAAGUGGCAGCAUGGCUUGAAGCAGAAUUGGAUGCCAGCGCCUGCGCCUCUGUGAAGCGUUCGUUUUUGGAUCUGCAGCUACUCGAGCAGAGUGAGGGCAGCGACUUUUCCCGAUUUCUGUGGAUGUGCCGCAUUAUUGCUGCGGACCACCGUGUAGUGUGGGAGCAUCUUUCCCCUUCAUUCACAGAGGCUUUCAAGCGGCCUGUUGACGCUUGGAACGAACAACUGGCGGUGAAGGUGCUGCGAUUGAGCAUUGAUCGCAUGAAUGACACUGCAGCUGCCUCACGGCUGCGCGAGGCGCUUGACGAACAUAUGACCACCACAAUGAAGCCAGCCACCGCUACACCACAUAUCGGUUCACAACCCGUCAUGAGGGGGGUCGUGGCGUCUCCUUACCUUGUGCUGCCUGCCGCACCUGGCGUGGAGGGCUCACUCGUGUGCAACGCUCCACUACCGGCGUUUGGCGAUCUUUUGCGUGUACCUCGCGAAAACAUGUUCUUUAUCGAUACAGUUGUGCAGUAUUGCGAGUUGGGGCGGGUGGUCCAUGCUUCCGCCGAAUUGUCGGGCAUGAUCUCUGGCGAUGAACCACUCCUCGUUCUUUGCCUCGUCUAUGAGCGGUAUGUGGCGUCGUCGUCGCACUGGAGCGAUCUGCUGUUAUCGUGCCCUAGCGAGUACCCCACCGUUCCAAGUUUCUGGGACUGGGAUGAUCUUGCGGAGCUGGAAGGUCUUGAUGUGUUAGAUGACGUGCUGGCCAAGAGGGCACAAUUGGUGCAGUAUCACACGACGGUAAUGACGGUCUUACCUCUCAUCUAUGAGGCGUUUGCAGGGAGCUGCAGGCUUGGAAAGGAGAACUUCCUGGACUGCUUCUCUAUUGAGGCGAUGAUGUGGGCCCGCGCGACGUUUGACUCUCGUGCCUUCAAUUUAAAUGUGGAUGGACGCGUCGUACUUGCCUUGGUGCCUGUGGCAGACAUGAUUAACCACCACAACCACAGUAAUGUUUUGGUGCGAAAGGUUGAACCCGACGGAGGGGACUUUGUGAUGCAGAUAGGGGCGAGUCUCACAGCUGAGGACGUGGGUCGCGAACUGUGGAUGAGCUACGGCCCUCUGCAGAACUGGGAGCUCUUGCAGUUUUACGGGUUUGUCAUGGAGGAGAACGAACACGACCGGUUGCCGUUUCCCUUUGAUCUUCCGGAGGGCGUCGUUGCUGAUGAGUGGGAUGGACGGCGGGCAGCGCUGGUGGCGAAGUACGCCCUGCACCUUGCGGGUCGUUGCUGGAUUGGCCGCGACGGUCGCCCACCGCCCGCGCUCCUCGCGCUGCUGCGCGUGCACUUGGCGCAGGCGGGGGAAUUUGACGGGUUAGAGCGUCACGGCCCAUUUGUGAGUUUGAGCGCCGCGACGGAGGCGGGCGUUGUUGCCACAAUCGCCGAGACGAUCCGGUGCAUCCUCGACCUCUUUGGCACAUCAUUGGAGGACGACGAGCGGCUACUGAAGAAGAGCGGCAGCGCAGCGGCGGCACACGCUGACAACGACGCUGGCUGUUGCACGCUUUCGUGCAACAAGCGAAUGAGCAUUUUGCUUCGCGUGGAGCUGAAGCGUAUUGCCCAUCGCACACUGGAGUGGUGCGCAACGGCCGCAGCAGACAGCGCUCACGGCGCGUAA